UGGGAGCAGUCAGUAUACAGUCCAUCAUGGCGGCUCGUGUCCUGAUGCAGUGUGUCCGCUCUGUCGCGCGGCCCUCGCUGAGGCUGUGUUCGGUUAAUUUGACGGUCAGAACCGCUGCUGUUUCAAACACAGUGUCUCACCGGAGCCUGUGUUUCUCCGGGGACAGCCGCAGGACGCGGUGGCUCGAGCAGAGCCGGAUCCCCCCACUGAGUGUGUCCUGUAGACUGUAUGGAGACCUGCCCCCUCUGACCUUUGACACCAUCAGAGACCGGGUUUUGUAUGUUCUCAAACUCUAUGACAAGAUCAACCCAGAGAAGCUGCAGGCAUCUUCCCAUUUUAUGAAAGACCUGGGCCUGGACAGCCUGGAUCAGGUUGAGAUCAUCAUGGCCAUGGAAGAUGAGUUUGGGUUUGAGAUUCCAGAUGCAGAAGCAGAGAAGUUGAUGACUCCUGAAGAAAUUGUACAAUAUAUUGCAGACAAAAAGGACGUUUAUGAAUAAUGUUUAUAUUGUUUCAAGAGGGGAGACUUCUAUUGUGACUCAACAUAAAGACAAGUACUUAUGAAGCAAACUGAACUUUUUCUCACAUCUCUGCAGCGUGUCCUGUGCAUCACCACUUGUGUCAGCUGUUGUAGCUGUGUAUUUAAAUGACAUGCUUCAAAAGCAUCUGUGAAGCUUGGCAUUUCAGAUGUUAUUUCUCCAACAGAUCAAUAAAGACCCCUAUGGUUUCACUAUUGUAUCCGCUGUAGAUACUUUUGCUUAAAGUUUAGUUGAAUCCUUGCAAUCAAUUAAAGGCAUAACUAUGUCACUCUUCUGGUGGAGGGUCCACCACCAGCUUCACAGCUGUUAUUGCUUUGCCUGAAAUAUCUCACCACAGUAUGAAAAAUAAUUUGAUUUCAAAAUGUAUAUUGAUCUUCUCAUAAUCUGACCAGUGUCCAUGUUGGUCAGUUUAAUGUCAUAUUCUGAAAUCCUCCUGGCAAAGCGCAGGUGGAAGACCCUCCAUCAUAAAAGCUGCAUCGUGCAAACAAAUGCAGUGCUUAAAAAAGUACCAGUUUAAAUGUUGAGCUAGUUGGCUGACAUUUUACAUUAAAUUCCCUUUAAAAGCAAACUGAGCGACACAAACAGGUGUUGUAUAAUUGUUAGUCUUUUAUUGAGGGUUGUACCCAGGUUAUACAGCUUUGUAUGCUGGCUGUCGGAGCCAGAGGGUUACAAACAGUAAUCAGUGUACAGAGUACAGUCAACAGAAGACCUACAACCUACUAGUCUACACCUUAGUACAGAUUCUCUUAAGAGCACUAAAAUC